AAUCAGAGAAUCCCACUAUGACCUUUCCCCAAACCUCCAGGGUAUCUAUUACCGGUAGUCCCAGCGAUUUCAUCAAGUUAUUGCGAUACCGUAGCUUCCGGCAAACCCCAACUCUCCGGAAAAACAUAAACACUUUAUCCAAACCAUCCGAUGUCCAUCCCACCUCCCCAUCCCCACCGCCCCGCCCUUCCGCUCUCCGGUCUAUCCUACUGGUCUAUACUGCUCCGUUCCGUCACCUCACCUUCACUCUUCGCGCUUCCUUCCCCCCCUCUCCCUACCGCUCCUGAUCUCCGUGAGAGAGCUCAACAGGCGGACAGACAGAAUGAGCGAACCAGUUCCAGAAGUACUCACCAUCGAGGAAAUAUAUCCUCCAGAAUUCGGAGCCGCUCAGAAGCAACGAUGGGAGCACCUUUUGGCAAAGUUUGAGGAGAGGUAUGGCGCCCCGGCGGACUACGUUGCCAGAAGCCCUGGGAGGGUGAACAUCAUCGGGGAACACAUCGACUACAUGCUCUUCUCUGUCCUUCCUAUGGCUGUGAACUCCGACUUUCUCCUCGCAGUGCGCGCGAUUCCAAAUACCAAUACCAUCAAGAUCGCCAACAUCUUGGAGAGAUACCCCCAUCGCGAAUUCCAGGUUCCCGCAGAGGGCGAGCUAGAAAUCGAUGCUGCGCAGUUAGAAUGGAGCAAUUACUUCAGAGCCGGGCUCCGUGGAGCUCUCGAGCUGCUCCGAAGGAAGGGACUCUCACCGAAAAACGUUGGGAUGGAGAUCCUUGCUGAUGGAAAUGUCCCUCCGGGAGCUGGGCUUAGUAGCAGUGCUGCUUUUACCUGCUCUAGUGCUUUGGCGUCCCUGACGGCGAUGGGGGAUGGGACGGUUGAUAAGAAGGAACUUGUUAAUUUGGCGGUGGUGUCGGAGAGAUAUGUUGGGGUCAAUUCUGGGGGGCAAGUGCUCUGCUCGGUCUUUCCUGGGGACCAAGGCAGCGCAUUAUACAUCUCUUUCCACCCAACCCUCGAUGCAAUACCCGUAGCAUUCCCGGAGACCACCCCAGAGCUCACCUUCGUCAUUGCCGACACACUCGUCGCGGCGGACAAGCACACCACAGGGCAGAUAAACUACAACCUCAGAGUAGUAGAGUGCACCCUCGCUGCGCAGAUCCUAGCCAAGAAACUGAACCUGGGCCAACUCCCGGAAGAUGCCGGGCCACUGGGUAACUCCUUCAAAGGCCUCAUGGACAAGUACUUUCUCGGAAAAGACCUCCCACUUGACAAGAAAUUGGAGAAACUCAUAGAAGACACGAGGGAAUACCUAGGCAAAAAAGGCUAUACAAGGGAAGAAAUAGCCGAAACUUUGGAUCUAACAGUAGGAGAAUUAGUCCAACGUUGCAUGACCAAAUUCCCCAUCCUCGCAAGUCAUUUCCAACUCGGCUCCCGUGCCCUGCACGUCCUCCAAGAAGCCCACCGCGUCGUAACCUUCAAAGCCCUCCUCGACUCCUGCACCGCCUCCCCACCAUACCCCACAGAUACCAAAAUACCUAUCCAACUCGGCGCCAUAAUGAACGAAUCCCACGAGUCCUGUAAGAACCUGUACAACUGCUCUUGCCCUGAACUCGACACGCUGUGCGAGAUCGCGCGCUCAGCGGGCUCGUACGGAUCCCGUCUCACCGGCGCUGGCUGGGGUGGCUGCAGCGUGCACCUUGUCCCGCAGGAUAAAGUCCACGCGGUGAAGGAGGCUUGGAAGAGAGAGUAUUACGAGAAGAAGUUCCCGGGGAUCUCCAAGGAGAGGGUUGAGAACGCGAUCGUAGCUAGUAAGCCUGGGUCUGGGGCAGCUUUGUUUCGGGUGAGGAAGUGA